AUGGCGUCGAGGGACGUGAGGUUCGUCGAGGAGACCCUGCGGUCGUGGAGGGACGGUGUCGGGUCGAAACCCGCGCCCGGGGAGGGGAUUCGCGACGGGGGGGCCGAGGACGAUGUCGCAUCGGAGGAAGCGCGAUUCGUGCCGACCGACGAGCAGCGCGCCAAGGCGGCGCACCUCGCCAAUCGGCUGGACCUGGCGCGGUGCGUCGCGGGCGGGAUGAAGCAAAGGGUCGCGAACCUCGCUCGCGAGCUCGAGACCCAGGCGCGGGAGCACUCCGACGCGCGGGAGGACCUGCGCGUCGCGAGGCGGAGGCUGCACUUCGCCAGGAACGACGGGCGAAGCGCGCUCGCCGCGCUGCCCAUCGGCGCCGACGCGGGGGCGGCGCCGUCGGUGCACGACUCGGAGGGACGCGCGCUCGGGGCGAUGCUGACGAAGGCGGCGCGGGAUCCGGACGCGACCAAGGCGCUCGCCGAGAGACUCGCGCUGCGAAAGACACUCGUCACCGACGAGCUCCUCGCCCUCUCCGCCCUCGACGCAGACGCCAGGCGACGACAGACGCAAGUUUAA